CUUGCCAAGUCCACACCCGGGAUCUGAACCGGUGAACCCUGGGCCUCCGAAGCAGAAUGUGCGCACUUAACUGCUGCGUCACCGGGCCGGCACCCAAAACAACAUUUCUUAGUAUAAAGCUUUUAGUGAUUUUCAGACAGUAGAAGGGUCAAGGUCACUGUCGCUGGCCAAAAUUUAAGAGCAGAAACUGACUUGUUGAUUAAUUCGUAUGCUUUGUAUAUCAACCAGAACGAGGGCUGUUUAGGAUUCUGUUAUGAAAAUGAGAGCAUCUAACCUAAAAGGUACAUGGCCCAAUGGCCCCGCCACCUCUUUAUAGAUGUUGGCAAAGGAAGUACCUAUAGGCAAGGCUAGAUGUGACUGAGUGACACCAACUGGCAGCCAAACAGAAGAUUAAGGAUGAGAAACACUACUCUCUAGAGCAUGGCUGCAAUAAUUUUAGCCUAGAAAAAAAUCAUGACUUGCCAAAACUAUGAGAAAACUCUUAAUAUAACACCCAAGCAACAGUGCAAAGAGUUAAACGUGUAGGAAGAAAUGUCAGUAAAGUCUUGCUUUUACUACAUGGGACUCCUUAUGAUGUAUUGGUCUUCAUGCGCAGGAUGAGACACGCAGGCACACAUGCAUUCCAUUUCAGAAGCUGUCCUUUCAAUUCCUAUCUCAGAAAUGCAAAGUUGGCAGAAUUACACUCACUCAGUUUAUCUGAAUUAAUCUUUAUUUCUAAACAGUAGAGAUUAACUUUCUCUGAACUAGUAAAAUGUUACCCUGUGGAAAAAAAGACAAAGUUCAUAAUGGUUAUGGCUGUUGAUUAGCCUGCAAAAUUUGAUGAGUCUUCCAAAUAUCGUAGCUUCACAUUUUUUUUCUCACCUUAAAAAGGGCUUAAAGUAUGGGAGUGGAGACAAAAAUAUUCCAAAGCCCAGAGUUCUUUGUUUACCAAAGAUACUAGAAUUUGUUUUUCUCUGGCUAGGAAUGUAAAAAUAAAAAUUGCAGUGUACCUCAUGAUACUUCAUUUCCACAGUCUCAAGCUUCUUAGAAUGCCAAUUUUGGAUUCAAAUAAGUCAAUUUAAUUUUAUUAAAUUACCAAAUAUUCAUGGCCCAUGAGAAAUGCAAAAUUGAUCCAAAUAUUGUCUUUGCUCUCCAGGAACUUAAAAUUUGUAAGACACAGAAGCAAAUCAUGUUGGUGAUAGAUGUGUGUACAAAUGUGAACAAAAUGCCGUGUGAAUACAGGAGAAGGAGAGAAUAAAAAAUUAGUAGAUUGGACAAGUCUACAACAAAUAAUAAAAAUCUAUAAUAAAAACAAAAGAAAAAGGUUUCUCAAAGGAGGUGAUAAUUGAGAUGGACCUGUAACAAUGGCUAAGAUGUUUAAAGGUGAGGAAUGAAAACUCACAGUAUUCAAGUUAAGGAAAUAGCAUGAGAACACAAAGGAUAGAGGUAGGACAUGGCCCACUGCAGGACUAGCUGGUGGAAUGGCUCAGAGGAAGAUGGGAAGCGUCAUCAGUGUAGAUGCACCUGAAAAACCAAGUUGGGUUCAGAUCUUAGAGGCCAAAGAGUUUGUAUUCUCUGACAUAGGCCCUGGGCUGCUGAUGAAGAUUUCAAUGUGAAUGACUUCAAUGUAAAAGACAAGAAGAAGGACAAUGGAAGGUGCAGAAAAUGCUUUUAAAGUGAGACUUAGUAUCAGAACAGCUCUGGGAGAUAAAGCAUAUGCUUGGGAUACAAAUGAAGAAUAUCUCUUCAAAGCGAUGGUGGCUUUCUCCAUGAGAAAAGUUGCCAACAGAGAAAAAACAGAAAUUUCCCACGUCCUACUUUGCAAUGUAACUCAGCGGGUGUCAUUCUGGUUUGUGGUUACAGACCCUUCGGAAAAGCACACCCUUCCUGCUGUUGAGGUACAGGAAGCCAUAAGGAUGAAUAGGAACCGGAUCAACAAUGCCUUCUUUUUGAAUGACCAGACUCUGGAAUUUUUAAAAAUUCCUUCCACUCUUAUACCACCCACUGACCCACCUGUGCCCAUCUGGAUUAUUAUAUUUGGUGUGAUAUUUUGCAUCGUCAUAGUUGCAAUUAUACUAUUGAUUUUAUCAGGAAUCAGGCAACGUAGAAGGAAGGACAAAGGGCCAUCUGAAGUGGAUGACACUGAAGAUAAGUGUGAAAACACAAUCACAAUUGAAAAUGGCAUCCCAUGCGAUCCCCUAGACACAAAGGGAGGGCACGUUAAUGAUGCCUUCAUGACAGAAGAUGAGCGACUCACCCCUCUCUGAAGGGCUGCUGUUCUGCUUCUCUAAGAAACUCAAUACUGGCUUCUCUGCAACUGCCGAGUGUCACAAAUUAUCAAGGGCAGAUUAUGUAUUUUGUUUCACCAUUCUUCUUUUGUAAGAAAUUUUGAAUGUGCAUGAAAGUGAAAAGCAAUCAGUUAUUCCCCUGAAGACCACUGGAAUCAUAAACUGUUGAGUACUCAAAAUAUUCUAAAAUAUUUCUCUGACGACACAGUGCGUAAGUGUAGUCAUGUGGCGUUUGUAGUUACUGAUUUAAAAAUGCUUUAGUAUUUAAGCAUUUCCAGAAAUCAGGUCAGGCCACUAUAUAUAUGUAUUUCUCAUUUUGAAGACCUAAGAAAAAUAUUUUUCCAGUGGAGAAUACCUAUAAUGUGGUGAAGAAAUCAUUGAAAAUGGAUCCUUUUUGAAUAUCACUUAUAUCAUGCUGUAUAUGACUAGGUAAACAAGAAUAAAAAGUAAUGGAAUGUAAAUGGAAUGAGUAGAAAUGGCAGUGUGGAUACACAAGGUGGAAUUUGAUCCUGUUAUCAUACCAACAGUUGCUUGUAUAUUUUCUGACUAUCAGUCUCUAAUAAGGCAGCUCUAUUUGUUGACUAUUUCUGCAAUUUGUAAAAGUACAAUCUAUGCUAAUUUAAUAAAGUGCUAAUCAUCUCUUUUUGAUUAUAUGA